AUGUCUACGAUUUCUUCGCGAACCUUCAGCAUUGGACUUUCUACUGCCUUCGAUUCCUCCUUCCGUGCUGCACGUCGCGUUAUCGUGAACGUUGACCUCUUGAAGGGAACAAAAAUAUGCACCGGGGACGUCGUUGCGCUAUCUGCUGCUGCAUCCGAGAACAAGGCCUUUGCGGUCGGUGUCGUGUGGCCUUCCCAUGAGGUGCCGCAAGAUUCCGUCCUUGUCUCCCCCUCAUUGCUUCUGACCGCCCAUUUGGCUGAGGGCGCACAAGUAGCGAUCACUCCCCUUAACAGCGCGAAAUUACCUGCACACCUUCCGCCUUUACACAAAGCACAACCGGCGCGCACCGUUAGACUCAAAGAGCAGUCUAAUUCCGCGAUCCCGCGGUCCCGUUUUUCCAGCUCCUCAAAUGCAAACCCCACUGGAACCAACGAUGCCAAGCGGUGUGACUGGCUGACUCUGCUAAUUAGGGAAGCGCUCGUGGAUCUCAAAUAUCUUACACGCACACAGACUGUGGAGGUGCUCUAUGAGGGCAAGGGUCGCCGAUUCGUCGUGUCCUCUGUAUCCACAAUCCUGGAAGCCGAAGCAACUUCCAGGGACGAGAACGAUCUCGCAAAUGAGUUCCAAGCACUGUCCUUGGAGUCUCCUGGGUUCUGGACUGUCGACUGGGAUACUACGGUGUACGUGGAAUCUCAGAACCACAGUGAUGAUAAAUCAGCUGCAGCCAGUAAACUAGCUCCGGCAUCCAGCUUCCCUGCGAAGGACGGCAGAAACGAAGACACGUACGCAGCCGUUGGUGGACUCGAUAAACAAAUUAGACAAAUCCGCGAUCUAAUAGAAAUCCCCCUCGCUCGCCCCGAACUUUUUCGCCAUUUUGGCCUCAAGCCUCCACGCGGCGUUCUACUCCACGGUCCGCCGGGCACGGGAAAGACCCAUCUCGCGCGCGCAAUCGCGGCGUCCGCGCAUUCUGCGGUCCUCGUGAUCAACGGUCCUGAGCUGUCGUCCGCGUACCAUGGGGAGACAGAAUCGAAGCUACGUGACGUCUUUGCAGAGGCGCGUGCGCGCAGUCCGUGUAUCAUCGUCCUCGAUGAAGUCGACGCGCUCUGCCCGCGCAGAGAAGACGGGCCUGGCGGGGAGGUCGAGAAGCGAGUUGUGGCGCAGCUGCUCACGAUUAUGGACGGAAUGGAUAGCGCCCUUGAAAAUAAGUCACACGAGCGCAUCGUCGUCGUUGCGACGACCAAUCGACCGAACGCUAUUGACCCUGCUUUGAGGCGACCAGGGAGGUUCGAUAGAGAGAUUGAAAUUGGAAUUCCGGAUGCCGAAGCACGGUUCUCGAUUCUCAAUGUGCUGAUGGCGAAAGCUCCCCACAAUAUCCCUCAAGAUGACCUGCGUAGUGUGGCAGCUCGUGCUCAUGGUUAUGUUGGGGCAGACCUCAGUGCUGUCGUCCGAGAAGCAGGCACCGCUGCGAUCAAGCGGUGGCUUUCUUCUUCUGCGCCGGUAGCAUCUAUGAGUGCUUCCACGGAAGAUAUUGAAGCUCCAUGCUCUCUUUCGGAGCCACAACUCACUCUCACCGAUCUACUCUCUGCUCUUCCCUCCGUGCGGCCAUCCGCACUUCGCUCACUUUUCCUUGAUGUUGUCCCCGUGCACUGGUCCGAUGUCGGCGGGCAAGCAGUAACCAUCCAGAAAUUGCGCGAGUGUGUUGAAUGGCCAUUGCGCCAUCCCGAGACAUUCGCACGGCUGGGCGUCCGCGCGCCCAAGGGCAUCUUGCUGUACGGUCCACCAGGUUGCAGCAAGACGCUGCUUGUACGCGCGUGUGCGACAGAAAGCGGGGUGAACUUUUUGGCAGUAAAGGGACCGGAGCUCCUCAACAAAUAUGUGGGCGAGUCUGAGCGCGCAGUGCGCGAGAUAUUCAGCAAGGCGCGCGCUGCGGCACCAGCAAUCAUAUUCUUUGUGCGUCUGCGCUCCACCCCCGCAUGGCUGGUUUUUGCGUCGCAAGAUGUGAUUGCUGAAUUUCAUUUACCCCAGGACGAAAUAGACGCACUGGCGACAGCGCGCGCGUCUUCCGAUAGCAGCACCGGCGCACAUGAAGGCGUGCUCACGAGCCUGCUGAACGAGAUGGACGGCGUGGAAGAGCUGGUUGGGGUCACCAUUGUCGCGGCGACAAAUCGGCCAGAGGCCAUCGACUCCGCGCUGAUGCGGCCCGGGCGGUUGGACCGCAUACUCUAUGUCGGGCCACCGGAUGCGCAGGGGCGCGAAGACAUCCUACGCAUCCGCACGCGUAAGAUGAGCAUCGCGCCGGACCUGGAUUAUUCGGAGCUCGCAAGGAUGACGGAGGGCUGUUCGGGCGCCGAGAUGGCGGCGCUCUGCCAGGAAGCGGCUCUUCGAACGAUGAAAAACAACAUGGACGCACUGCAUGUUCCGUACGAUGCGUUUGUCGCUGCUGCGCGCACAAUCAAGAAACAAAUCACGCCGGAUGUUGUUGCAAAGUACGAGAAAUGGAGGGACAGUAAUAGUGCAACAGAGGCUUGA